AUGCCUCCUAAGAAAGUUCUCAUUAUCCUCAGCGACGCACACUCCUUCCCCCUGAAAAGGACCAGCGGACGCGAUGCUGGCAAGGUUGUCGAGCAACCUUCGGGGUUCUUCCUCCAGGAGCUCGCAAAGCCGUUACACAAAAUACUCAGUGCAGGCCACGAGGUGACAUUCGCCUCACCCAAAGGUCUUGAACCCGCCCCAGACCCGAGCAGCGAAUCGCUCAUCGCAAAUGCCGGCAGCUUCUACGAACGUCAACGCGGAAACGAUCUCAUCGAACGCAUGAAACGUGAGAACGGAUUCAGUAGCCCGCGACCAUUCAGCACCAUUAGCGACGAUGAGUUGACCACAUUUGCGGCUGUCUUCAUCCCCGGUGGACACGCACCGCUUCAAGAUCUGGGAGGUGAUGCAGAACUGGGGCGCAUUCUGCGUCACUUCCAUCAGGAGAACAAGCCAACUGCGGUGAUCUGCCACGGGCCUUACGCCCUGCUGAGUACGAAGAAGGCGGGAGAUGGCUCGUUUGUUUAUCAUGGGUAUAAAAUCACGUCGUGGAGCGAUGCGGAAGAGAAUCUUAUGGAGACACUAUGGGGAGGGGAGGUCGAGAAAGUCGAGUCGACCUUGAGAAACGAAGGCGCAGUGAUGGUUGAGGGUGUUCGUGAAAAGACUGGCGGUACUACGUUGCAUCGGGAGCUGGUCUCUGCGGGUAAUCCUGUGGCGGCAAACGCCCUUGGUGAUCGUUUCGUGAGAAUGAUCAGUGUAUAG